AUGUCAGAAAGCGUUCAACCACUUGCAGCCCCUAUCUCUCUUUCUACAUAUCAUCAGUUAAGCCUGACAGUUGAAUCUGCAAAUAUAAGAAGUACUGGCCUUUUCAAACCAAAUCCCUAUCUUCAAGUUGUCAUAGAUGAUAACAUUUCAAGAAAGACUGAAGUUAUAAAGAAUACACUACAUCCAAAAUGGAAAGAAGAAUUCACAGUGCUAGUCACUCCAUUGUCAAAAAUUACAUUUCGUUUAGCAGACCACCAUAGUUUCAGAAAAGAUAAUAUUCUUGGUGAAAAGAAAAUAAAUUUCCUUAAGGUCCUUUUAUACUUCAAUGGAAAAAUUGAAAAUGUGGAAAUGACAAUUGAUCUAAUGAAAAUGGUAUCGCAAGAUAAUUCUUCUAACUCUAAUACUGAAGUGAAAUCUGCCGAGUUGGUGCUACUGCUUGAUGGCUUGCGAGUUGAUCCAGCAGUUCUUAGCCAAUCUCAUGAAUUAUAUGGGGACCAAUUGAAUGCAAGAAGUCCACUUAACGAGGGAGUUCGAGCUAGAAAUAGAUCACGCAUCACUUUUGAAUCAAUUAGAUCAAUGGCACUACCACCUAAUUUGAGACCACCACCUGGCCCUCCGCCGCACAGUAACGGUGCUGUGCCGAGCGUGACGGAUGGCGCCGGACCAUCACAUGUAGAUCCAGAACCUCAGCAUGCGUCUCACUCCGCGUUACCUCAGCCACACCCACCUGCAUCCACUCCUGCGGCUACAACCAACUCCACCCCAGAGGAACCCCUCCCCCAUGGUUGGGAAAUGCGAUAUGAUGUUUAUGGCAGGCGGUACUACGUGGAUCACAACAGUCGCUCGACGUCUUGGGAGCGUCCUCAGCCUUUGCCAGCGGGGUGGGAGGUGCGGAGAGAUGGACGUGGUCGCGUGUACUAUGUCGAUCACAACACGCGGACAACCACAUGGCAGCGGCCAGACACCGAACGGUUGGCGCGCUUUCAGCACUGGCGUGGUGAGAGGCGGCACGUCGUGGCGCAAGGCAACCAACGAUUCCUAUACCCACAUCCGCAGCCGCCACACCCGCCCAACCAGGAACAUGAACCGGAGACAGCUGCUGGAAGCAGCACGAAUGUCGCAGCCGUUCCUAGCUCAAGCAGUGUGGCGCCUCCGUCUAGCAGCGGCAGCCAAGCCAGUCCUGCUGAGGACGGGCUGGGUGCACUACCGGCAGGCUGGGAAAGACGCGUUCAGCCAGACGGCCGCGUCUAUUUUGUUAAUCACAAGAAUCGUACCACGCAAUGGGAAGAUCCAAGGACACAGGGUCAGGAAAUUAGUGCUCUGGAAGAGGCGCUACCGACGGGCUGGGAAAUUCGCUUUACGGAAGAGGGUACGCGUUACUUCGUGGACCAUAACACAAGGACCACCACGUUCCAGGACCCACGCCCUGGCGCACCUAAAGGCCCUCAGGGAGCAUACGGUGUACCGCGUGCGUAUGAGCGUUCGUUCCGAUGGAAGUUGAGUCAGUUCCGAUACUUAUGCCAGAGUAACGCGUUGCCCAGUCACAUCAAGAUCACGCUCUCUCGACAAACCCUAUUCGAGGAUUCCUAUCACCAGAUAAUGAGGCUACCCGCUUAUGAGUUAAGACGACGUUUGUAUAUAAUAUUCCGCGGCGAAGAAGGUCUGGACUACGGCGGUGUUAGUCGAGAAUGGUUCUUCCUUCUCUCGCACGAGGUCCUCAAUCCGAUGUACUGCCUGUUCGAGUACGCCAAUAAGAACAACUACAGCCUUCAGAUCAAUCCAGCCAGCUACGUCAACCCGGACCACCUCCUUUAUUUCAAGUUUAUCGGAAGGUUCAUAGCGAUGGCUCUCUAUCACGGUAGAUUUAUAUACUCGGGCUUCACUAUGCCAUUUUACAAGCGUAUGUUGAACAAAAAGCUAACUAUGAAGGAUAUUGAAUCGAUUGAUCCCGAGUUCUUUAAUUCGCUGGUGUGGAUCAAGGACAACGAUAUAGAUGAGUGCGGACUCGAGAUGUGGUUCAGCGUCGAUUUCGAGGUGCUCGGGCAAGUGAUUCACCACGAGCUGAAGCCUGGCGGCGACAAGGAACGAGUGACGGAGGGUAACAAAGAGCAAUACCUACAACUGGUAACUCAGUGGCGUAUGUCGAGAGGAAUCGAAGAACAAACGACAGCAUUUCUAGACGGAUUUAAUGAGGUGGUACCACUAGAGUGGCUCAAGUACUUCGACGAGCGCGAGUUGGAACUAAUGCUGUGCGGCAUGCAGGAGGUAGACGUGGAUGACUGGCAGCGCAACACCAUCUACCGGCACUACACGCGAACUAGCAAGCAGGUCGUCUGGUUUUGGCAGUUUGUACGACAAAUGGAUAAUGAAAAACGGGCCAGACUACUGCAAUUCGUAACAGGCACGUGCAGAGUACCGGUGGGUGGAUUUGCCGAACUCAUGGGAUCCAACGGACCACAGCGAUUUUGUAUAGAAAAGGUCGGGAAGGAUACGUGGCUCCCGAGAUCUCACACCUGCUUCAAUAGACUCGAUUUACCUCCGUACAAAAGUUACGAGCAGUUAUGCGAGAAACUAAACUUCGCUAUCGAAGAGACGGAAGGCUUCGGACAGGAGUGA